UGACCCAGUGGCUUUGCAGCAGGCUGGGGCGAAUGGCGGCGGUGCGCAGCGAGGACGGCUCUGGGAUUUAGCUAGAGCAGUGUGUAGGUCUACGGGAAUCACUCGGGAAUGUACCCUCGCUAACACGGCGAAGAAAGGUAAAGUUAUCAUUGCUUAGAGGAGCUGAACACAUUACUGUGUUUGCAGUCCUGUAAUGAAGUUAUCUGGAGCUGCCAGUCCUCACAAGCUGACAGAAAGGGAACAGCAUUCAUGGAUGUAGUGGACGCCUUCAACCAUUUGAUUCCCAGUGACCAGUUGGAUGAUUCUCUGCUGAUAGGCCAGAACUUGGAAUGUGAAGCAAGCAAUUACUUUGGAGCAGGUGUCGACCAACUGGGAGACUCACUGAGGAACAUGCUUAGUGACAAAGAUCCGAUGUUCGGAUCCGCGAGUUCACACUUUAAUAUCUUAGAUAAUGAGGAGGCCAACUUUCAAAUCACCGGGGCAACAGUUGCAGAUCUUGAGGUUGGUGCAGCAGAAGGAAGCCUUGGUAUCCCGGGUGGUCUCUUGGCUGGUACAGAAACUCAGCGGGUCAAACGUUCUGUGGGCAGACCCAGGAAAUACGCAAUAGAUGUUUCCACAGAACGAGGUGCAGGCCGAGGUUCUUCCAACAACAGGAAGCCUCCUGGAAAACCUGGGAGACCUCGGAAGAAGUCGAUUCUGAUCGAGAAGAUUACUAGCGCCGAGGAGUUGUGGAGGGAGUUGGAUCAGGGCGGCGGAAGGGUGAACGUUAACGACCUUGACCUGGGACCUUCGAUGAACCCCUCCGUCGUGUUGCAGAGGUUGACGGUGACGUUCGGAGGGUUCAAAAUCGAGCUUCUCCCGGGGCCCUCUUUCACAGCCUUCACGUCGCCCGACACGGCCGAUGCCUCUUACGAGGACGAUUCGCUGUACGGCGGGGAGAUGGAGUACACCAUGGUGCAAGAGGAGCCGUUACAUGUACGUAGUCCCACCCCAGGCAGUGUGGGCGGUGUGGGCGCUGCUCAGCUUUUUGUGAAGUGCUGCGCCGAUGACAUGCCCCUGGGGCUGGGACCUUACGUGAACCCCAAUGAUGUUCAGGCCUCAAAUGGGGCCCUUCCUGGUAAUCCUUGCUUGGCAGAGCCCAAAAACGGUGACCAAAGUGAUUCUCAGAAUCAAGAUUUGGAGGAGGCACGGAAAGAAGCCUGCAGCAAGGAAGUAUCUCCGCAGCAUCUGCGUAAAAACAAUGUUCCCAUUACUAAUAACAACAAAUGUGGAGUGGAAAAGCGUCCCCCAGCUAAAAAGCUGCAGCCAAAACUGAAGCUGGGAACACUGGCCUCUGCUAAGAAUAAGCACCUAGUACCUGGUCGACCGAACUUAGGAAAGGGUCCCAAAGGAACCCAACAGCAUGCCCUGGGGAAGAAGAUAAACCAGAGAGGGAACCUGCACAAUAUGGAUGAAGCGAAAGCCAAGCAGGUCAUUGUGUCCCUGAAAAGGCGCGGGGAACGCUACCCAGACAAAUCCAACCCUAAGAUUCAGCGGAAGCAAGAUGGACGGCCGGUGAAACUGAAGCCACGGCUGCCUGACCGGGCACAUGGCAGUCCAGUCAAAAAAUUACUUCCAUUUACCAAAUCACCACCAGGCAUGCAGCAAGGGAUGGUGCCUGUAACCAAACCUUCUGCCCCCCAUGUGGCUGAAGCUCAACCCCAACCCCAGUUUGGAUGGACACCAUGUAAACCCUGCAGUUCUCAGAAGGAAACGCCCGAGAAGGAGGAGGUGGUGGCUGAGGAGGAGCAAGACAAGCCCAGAGGGAAGAAGCCUGAUAAGGCCAUCCAGAAACAGAGAAGCAGGAACGCCAGCAGGAGCAUCUCUGUCGAGGAACCGCAGCUCUUCAUCCCCGACAAUGCUCCUGUCGUCAAGAAGGAGACCAGCGAGGAAGAACAGGCUAAGGAACCCGUUAAGGAACCCGCAAACAGUGAGACUGCCGCGUGGGAUCCAGCCAAGAGCUGUGGAUUGUGCAAGAAACUGCAUACCAACAAGUUCAUGGUUGGCUGUGGGCGCUGUGACGACUGGUUCCACGGAGACUGUGUGGGUCUGGACCUGGUCAAGGUCCAGCUGAUGGAGAAGGAGGACCAGGAGUACGUCUGUCUGAAGUGUUGCGCCAAGGAUCACGACACAGCCGUGAAGGAGGAACCAGCUGGUGCUGUCCAGGAGGAGACCCGCUUGGACGGGCAGCAGAAGCCUUCGGAAACCCAGGACAACAAGAUGUCCGCCAAGCAGAAACAGCCGUCCUCACAUUCGGUCACCAUCGGGGGGGUCCGACCCUUCAGAAAGGACUCUGUGGACAAAAGGCAGCCAACUGAAGUCAAGGAUUCACUACAGAAGUCAGGUGCACCAAUCAAACAGGAGGUUAAGAAGUCCAAGGUGCCGUCAUCUCCCUCGUCGAAGAAACCUGUGUCUGUUGAUCAGAUCAGACGCAAUGUACGUGAAGCCCUGAGGGACAUCCUUCUGAAGAGGCUGAAAGAGUCGGACUUCCAGGCGUCGGCGGAGAAGGCCGCGGAGGUGGCCAAGAAGACGGAGAAAGAGUUGUUUGCCUUCUACAAAGACACUGACUUCAAAUACAAAAGCAAGUACAGGAGCUUGAUGUUCAACCUCAAAGAUACCAAAAACAAUGUGCUAUUCAAGAGGGUUUUAAAAGGGGAGAUUUCUCCGGGCACGCUGAUUCGUAUGAGUCCUGAAGAACUAGCCUCGAAGGAACUGGCUGCGUGGAGACAAAGAGAGAAUCGACACGCCAUCGAGAUGAUCGAGAAGGAGCAGAGAGAGGCAGAGAGACGACCCAUCACCAAGCUCACACACAAAGGGGAGAUUGAAAUUGAGAGCCAGGAGCUGGGGAAGGCCCCAGAAACCACGGAGUCCGAGCCGGAGGCGCUGGCUGCUCCUUCUAAAGCCCCGGAGGACCCCGUGGAGAUCCCUCAGGACAGCAGGGUCACGCCGACGGCACCGCCGACGGAGAGCGCCGAUAUUUUCCAGGAUACAACCAGCCUCCAUAAGACUCACCUGUUUGACCUGAACUGCAAGAUCUGCACAGGUCGCAUGGCCCCCCCGGUCGAGGAGGCCCCCACCAAGGUGUUGAAGGUGGCCACGACGGUGGUGAGGAGGCAGUCGGCCACCGCGCCAGACGGAGAGGCCAAGAACACGCCGUCCUCCUCCUCGUCCGCUAUCGAAGACGACCUGCACCUCAAAGUCCUAGAAGAGAGCCUCCUCAGCGCCAAAGGGUUCUCCAACUUCGAGGCGAGGUCGGGGUAUACCAGUGGCAGAGAGGGCGAGACGUCCUUCCUGUCCAACCUGAAGUCACUGUGGAGAGGGUUUGUCAACAUGCCGGCUGUGGCCAAGCUGGUCACUAAAGCAUUCCCGGUGUCAGGUGCCCUGGACCACCUGACUGAGGACCUGCAGGACAACAUCCAGGUGGGGGGGCGUAUCUCCCCACAGAUUGUCUGGGACUACCUGGAGAAGAUCAGAGCCACUGGAACGAAGGAGGUGUGUUUGAUUCGUUUCUCCCCCGAGACGGACGAGGACGAGAUCCACUACACUCUGCUCUACGCGUACUUCAGCAGCCGCAAGCGCUUCGGCGUGGUCGCCAACAACCGCAAACGCGUCAAAGACAUGUACAUCAUCCCGCUGGGCGCCAUCGAGAAAGUCCCUCACCAACUGGUUCCUUUUGACGGCCCCGGCCUGGAAAACAACCGCCCCAACCUCCUGCUGGGUCUGAUCAUCCGCCAGAGGCCUAAGCGGGACUUCCUGCCCGUGGACAUCAACGAAACGGCCAAGUUCAUACCGGAGCGCAAACCGGAGACAACCACCGUGGUUACCGCGAAGGACGUGGACGUUACCGCGGGCGAAGAGGGGAGCUCGUACGUGGCGUUGCUGGGCGCUCCCGGUGUAAAGGAACGAGAGGAGAUCCCGCUGUUGAACACGGCCGAAGACGACGUGGCGGAGGAAGCGCCCAGCGCGGACACACCUGAGAAUGUUGACCCUGAAGACACCGAAGAGGGGCACCAACCACUACGCUUCCUCCCCGGCGUGCUGCGGAGCUGGGGUGGGGAGCUCCCCCCGCUGCCUGACUUCUCCGGUAACCCUCCACUUCUGGGCGAUGAUGGGCGAGAGCCCCCGGGACCCCAGGCCUUCAAGGCAGAUGGAGGAGCGUCCGUGGCUCCAGCCCUCUCCACCCCCACUAAGACCCCCACGGCCGGAGCUCACCGACAGACCGGCUUCGUCAUCAGAAAGAGGGAGCCCAAACCAGUCAAAGCGGAGGAGCCAGCGUCGUCCGGCUCUGCUGAAACGUCUACGGACAACAGCGCCAAGGUGCCGGGGGAGGAGGAGGCGGCCGCGGUCAACCGGGGAUCCUCUGUCUCUCUGAAGGACAAGCCUCCCGACGUCUCCACCGAGUCCUUCCUGUCCAGCCUCUCGGCCAGCGCCGACGGUGUCACCCCGCCAAACCACGGUGAGCCGGCGCCCUGCGAGAAGGAGAAACCCACGGAUGAGAAAGUGGCCCCGUCCGUCCCAGAGGCUGCGCCCAAACCGGCACCGAGCGGGAUCCUGAAGAAAAGUUCUGCGUACUCCGGCGCCACCGAAGAGCCCCCAGCCGCCGGCCCCACCGGAUCACCACAGGACGUCCCUCGGCCGGUUCCCGUCCUGAACACCCGGAAGUACCGCCCCCUGGUGGUUCAACAUGGGUUCGCCCCCCACCACCACCACCAGCCCCCCCAUCAGAAUGUCUACAGACACCCCCCGCCUCCCGACCAGGGCCCCCCGCCGGCAGGUCCCUACGCUCCCAUCCACCCCCACCCUGGAGGACCUCCGGUGGAGUUCCAGUACCAGCCGCCCUGCGGCCCCCCGCCCCUCCCGGUCCCUCCCUACGGUAACAGCGGCCCGCCGUUCCAGACCCACCAGCUUCCCGCCAACUUCGGGUACCCCACCGGCCCCCCGCCGCCCAUGUUGUACCCCCCGCCGCACGACCCCCCUGUGCGGAAUCAGGCCGGCGUCACGCCGUGGACUCAGACGGGUCUGGGUCCUGCGUCUCCCGGCGCCUUCCCCGCCAGGCCGCCGUUGGCCUACGCCGGUGACCCGCAGAGGUUCGCAGAGUCGCCCAGCCAGGGCCUGAACCCGCCUCCGUCUGCCGCCGGCAAAGAGGACCAGAAGGCGGCGGCAGACCGGCUUCAGUACAGCGCCCCCUGGGACAGGCAGUCUGCCGAGUCGGGCCACAAGAAGGAGGACCGGGAGGAGUACGGGAGGAGUCACGGAGAGAAGAAGAGCCGGCACUACGACCGCGAGAGGGCCAAGAAACGAGACCGGAGCCGCAGCAGGAGCCACGAGAGGGAGCGCAGCAAGGACUCCUCGUCUCACCACAGGGGGAGCCGGCACUACUCCAAGGAGGAUCGUCACGGUCACGGCGAGAGGAGGAAAGAGCGGCACCACAGCGAGGGUGACCACGGAAACCGUCACAAACACAGCAGGAGAGACUCGGAUUACGAGAAAGCCAGGAGAUGUUCGAAAGACGGUCACUCGUGAUUGUUUAGUUUUUUUUUUUAUGUACUACAACUACCCACCCUGAGUCUAAUCUACAACCGCUUUUGUGCCAUUUUCCCCUUUAACAUAUGUUCCUUUUUAACACAGUUAUAUUUACAGUACAGUAGAGGAAGGAAAAAAAACUUUUUUCAGUAGGACUUGUUCAGAAAUCUGCUUUUCUUAAAAGACCACCUGAUGACUUUAAGGUGAUUUAUUUCAAUUUUGAAGAUCUCACAUUUUUAAAGUGUCCGUUCAUUUUAUUGUAUGUUUGUUUAUUCUGUGUCACGUGGUGAUUCAGCGUUAUGUUUCGACUUCUCACGACGAGAGGUUAAAAGGGGUAGUUCAACUGUUUUACACAUUCUGACAUCUGACAUCUGUUUCGCUCCCAGAAAACAGCAGUCCAUGUACAAGGUGUGACAGCAUUGAUUUGGGCAUGAGUUUCAUGCUGAAUGGGAGCCUAUUAACUUGUAGUGGGAAUUAAUUCUGAUAUACCAAUGCUACAAACUUUUCAUCAAAGCCAAAGUGUUAAUUGUAGUCCUUAGUCGGAGUUCAGGCCAAUCGGCAGUAAUCAAUUUUCCGUUGAGUCAACAUGUACAGUGAAUGAGGGAUAUCUGCCAGCGCGGAAACAUUCAAGAUCUGUAAUGCCUUCAGCGCUUGAUCUGAUUGUACCCGCCCCUUGUCGAUUUGGGCUGCUUUCGUGGUGAGGAAACACAUCGAAAUAUGUAAUUCAUUCGAACUAUUACUUAUUUAUUUCUAUAGCAUGACGCAACACAAAGUUCCAGACAAAUUGGGAUUGUUGGGGUGGAGAGGCAGACCACUGUUGACUUCAGCAGAGAGAGAUGAAUGUAACGGAGCUGAUGAGGAAGACAGGUUAUGGGGGAAGAAGAAAAACAAAAGACACUUGCAAUUAAAGAAGCUUCUCUUGUUCUGGUUUUUCAAUUUUAUUUUUUUAAACUGCUAUACAGAAAUAAAUACAUGUUUUUUCUAUUCAUUAUUUCUAUUGACAAAUAUUGUCUCUGUACAUUUUGGCUUGUGAUGUACAUUAGAAAAAUCAAGUGUGCCUUCUGCACCGUGUGUUUAUGUACAGUUCGUAAUAAAGCUAAUCUUUUUAUUGUUAA